AUGGCAGAAAACAUGAUGCAAAGGAGGAAAGACAAAGCCAUGGUGAUGAAUGGGGCAGAACAAUUGCUAAGGCCUUAUUUCACACCUGAACAGUACUCUCAGAUCCUAAAGCUACUCAAACAAGACAACACUAGUGAAUCAUCAACUAACAUGGCAGGUAUUGAUGAAGUCUCAGCAAAUAUGGCAGUCACCUUCUUCCCACAUUUUUGCAUGUUCCGGAACCUUUAUAGUGGGAAGGUCAGGGGGAUUGGUAGAGAAAGAGGUGAUCUCUACUUUUUCCCUCAGAAUUAUACUAAGAGGACCACUGCUGAAAAUAACAGCUGGUUUGAAAAUGAUGUAGAUAUAAUUUUAAGGAAUUUCUUCAAUAUGAUACAAACACAGUUUGGGAAAUCUAUGAAAUUGAUUAGAUCAGACAAUGGCGGAGAGUUUGUUAAUGCAAAUUGCUCUCAGAUAUUUCAGAGUUUGGGGAUCAUACAUCAGAGAACUUGUGUGCACACCCCACAGCAAAAUGGGGUGGCUAAAAGAAAACAUAAACAUAUCCUGGAGAUAGCCACGACAAUUAGAUUUCAGGGAGCAAUUUCCUUAAAAUUUUGGGGACAUUAUGUCAUAGCAAUAGCUUACCUGAUAAAUAGAAUGCCAUUUGUGGCUUUACAAGGGAAGUCACCUUAUGAAGUUUUUCACAAAUGGAAACCUAAUCUGCAACAUCUGAGAACAAUAGGAUGCUUGUGUUUUGCAAAGACGCUGAACAAUCAUGAUAAAUUUGCUGCUAGAGCAAUUGUAGCUAUCAUGAUAGGAUAUUCAGAUUCUACAAAAGGAUAUAUUUUGUAUGAUAUAGCCUCUCACACCUUCUUCAUCAACCGAGGUGUUAGCUUUAGAGAAACUAUAUUUCCCUUCAAGUUCAAAAAGGGCAGACCUUCACCAUUGCUUGCUGAUGAUAGUUUAAAUUGUCCAAUAUUGCUUGAUCAAGCUAUGGAUGACAUGGAAGGAGAAGCUGGUUUAGAUGAUCUAGAGAUUGUUCAAUUGGAGAAUGAUGCUUCACCAGUUCCAUCAGCUGGAGUUGAUCAUGAAGUAGAUAUACCUAUCGUUAUAGAUAUCCCACCUACUUCUGAACCAGACACAUGA